AUGGGCGCGUACGUGUCAAUCGACGACUGCCGAUUCCACUACAACAGGAAUAUCAACUGCACAUACUACUUCGCUUCCCCGGACCGGGACACUCAUAUGGUUGGCGGCUUUGGGAGGCAUCAAGUCCCGACCGACGCAGAUAUUGCCGGCAUUGGCAUCGUAUACACUUUCAUUGGCGUGACAUCGUUCGCACUCGCCUUGAGCAUAUAUCAUGUGUGUCAACUUCACACCAGCGAAUCCGAGUACCGGAAGAGCCAACGCGGCUGCGGCCUCAGCGUUUCCAUCAUCUGCGAGACGCUCGUCAUGGCCUGUAGCGACCAGCAAGUGUUCACGGGGGGCGCGUAUGCCGUCACGCUGAGAUAUUGGAAAGGAUGCGAGGUCACCGCUUACCACUACAACAUCAUCUCCAACAUGAUGAUCCUCACCUGCGCCACGCACCUCAUGUCCGUCACCAUCCUAGCCAUCCUGCGCAUCCUGAUCGUCACCGGCCUGUUCACCGUCACCGGCAUCUUCCUCUCGAGCCAGAACGCACAAACCACAUCCGUCCUCCUGCCCUUUCCCAGCGCGAUCCCCCCGGACAACCAGAUUGAAAACGUCAUGUUCCUGCCGGCGGCGUGCUUCCAGAGCAACAAUUCGCUCCUCAUAUCAACGCUAGACGACUCGACGUCCUCGCCGGAGCAGUCGAAAAAGACGCUCAUCUACAGCCAGCCGGGCAACCCCAUCCAGGGCUGGAACCUAUUCCUCAUAAUCCUGUUCUGCUACUGCGCCGCCUUCAUCGUCGACGUCGUGCGCUUCUUCCGCCGCGGCAUCGGCAAGGAGCCGCGCGGGUGGCGCGGCAACUUCGCCGCCAAGCACCCGCGCUUCUGCGCCGCGCCGGGCAGGGCCCUGAAGAUGGCGGCCAAGAUCCUCUUCUGCCUGUAUCUCUUCGUCAGCAUCAGCGUCAGCGCGACCGCCGUCAUCUUUUCGGGCCUAUACAUCAACGGCCUGCGCUCGUGGGCCAAGAAUACGGGCUGGUUGGAGGUGAGCGAGGGUGGGCAGAGUGCCGAGGACGAUGCCACGUCGUUCGGCCAGCUGGUUCCAAUCUUUUUGUGUCUGUUGAUUCUGUUUGGCUUCGCGCAGACCCUCAGCGACAUGAACAAGAGAUACAGCGAAAAAAUGUACAGCGAAGAUGGCACCGUCACCUACGACCCCAGCAGCAGCAGCAAGAUCAUGCUCCCGACACCGACACCCGGGAAGGAAGGCAUGCACGGCGGCAGCACUCCGCCGGUCCGGCCGGGCCCAUACCCCCACCAGCAGAGCCCGUACCCCCACCAGCAGAGCCCGCGCCCCCAACACAGUCCGAAUCCGCAGCAACAACCGUCGAGCUAUUCCUUCAUGAACGCAAAUCACAGCCCUCAAGUCGGCACUCCGCAGUCGCAUGACCAUCAGAGCCCGCACAUCCAUCAGAGCCCGCACCUCCAUCAGAGUCCGCACCUCCAGCAGAGCCCGCACCUCCAGCAGAGCCCGCACCUCCAGCAGAGCCCCAAACCGCAACAGAGCCCACACCCCUGGCAGAGUCCCAAUCCAGAGCAACAGCCGUCAAACCAUUUUGUCAUCAAUGGAAAUCACAGCCCUCUGGUCGGCACUCCGCACCAUCACAGUCCCAAUCCGCAGGACAACUCAAGAUCCCUACGGAGCUCACGUCAUUAA